GGCGGCAAACAGAAUGAAAACGAGAUAAAUUAUAGACAAAAAGUAACUUUAUAAACCGUAUUAGCUUUAGGGGAAGCGCUUCCAAGGAUCAGAAGAAAAAGACAUACAAGCAUGCCGAGCUUGCCUCCAUUGGAUGAUGAUGGUCAGGGAGGAAAGUUUAAACCAAAGAACAGGAAGAAACUGGAUCAGCAUGACUUGAAAAAAAUGGCUCCACAACAAAGGAGCAGAUAUUUAGCAUAUGAAGAUCCUCCAAAAGAAGUGUCAGAAGCCAUGGGAGCUACAAAGAAAAGGCUGUUGGAGAAAAGACGAAUGAUCAUGAGGGCCAAUCAAGAUUUGCCAGAAGAAGAAUAUGAUGAAAGAGAUAAGCAUGCAAAGCUCAUAGGACAACUGAAAGCUGCAGAGGCAAGAAAUAGGUUAAGGAUCAUGAGAUUAAGAUAUCAAGCAAAUCGGGCACAAGAAAUAAGCCACUUGAUUGCCUGUCAACCUACCGCUUUAAAGGCAGUGCGACUCCAAGCUUUAGUACCAGCGUACCCAGAGAGGGAGGAAAGGAAAGAUCGUCUGGAUAAACUUGAGCGGGUAAGGGUGGAACGACUACUGGAAGAUACUCAAGGUCUUCUUACCAACAGAAUUCACUGAUCCAUCACAUCGACAUGUCUGCUUAACACAGUCAUCCUACUGUAACAGUCAGCCAUCUUACUGUAAUAGACUCAACACAGUUUUUAUUAAUCUUAUGUAAGACCAUGAUUUCUAGUCAGGAUUUUUUUUAAAUGAAAUCAUUUGAAUAUUUAGAUAUUCAUUGAUGAACACUGUCAAACCAAAGGCCUCUUGCCUACAAUUUAUUUCUGUUAUUGCUUCUGCUGUAUAUCUAUGUAUUAAAAAAUACUUUUAGACUUUUUAAAAAUUUUUAUUUGUUAAGAUUUGAUAAAGCAGGUUGAAUAGAACUUUCAUUUCUAAAACUUCCAUGACUUUGUAUUACAUGUAUUUUGUAAAAUUAAUGUGAAAAUGUACUUGUGCAGUGUGCUCUAAGAGCUUUUUUUAAUGAAUUUAUCAUAUUCAUGAAUAUGUUUUGAAAAAAAAAUAAUGGUGGGCAUGCGGAAUUUCUGAUCAUGUAGCAAUUAUAUUGUCCAUGUUGUCAAAGGCAUUCCAAAAGGUUGCAAUAUUUUAUCUAUAUUUAUAGGGCUUGUGCAACUGCAGGCCAGAUGUGCAGAUAGAUAAAGCUUGUAUAUAUAAAUAGAAACUAGGACAUAUAUGUAAACCAUGGUUAUAAAUAUAUACGAGUGAAAAAGAUAUAUCAAAUGUACUACAUGUACAUGCAUUUAGCUUUUCAUUGGCAUGUACACAUUAUAAUUUUCAAAGAUACUGGUACAUUGAACAUGUAUUUCACAGAUUAAUUAUAAUGUAUAUAAUUAUACAUAAGAUACACAUGUACCUGAUCUUUUUGCCCCACAUCAUCAUAAAAAUAAUCUAGUGCUAAAUUCGUGUUUGCAAUCAUGUUUAAAUGCUGUAUAUGACAGCAGUAUUGAUUGUGAUGAUUUAUUAUGUGUCUUGAUAAUAUCUGUGAUUACAUUUUGUCUCAUGAAUGCCUUGGUCGUUGUAGGUAUAUCAACAUUUGUCUAGAAUUUUUUUUUUUAUUGUUUCACUUUUCGAAUUGUUUGAUAUAAUGAAUGUAUUCUGCGAGUGUUUUGUGCUUGUAAUUGUUUCAGAAUAUGUAUUAAAUAAA